UCUUAUUAAAGAAGGGGGAAAUGCCCAACGGGAUUUCGCUGAUCGCUGCCAGUCCCGCCGGGGCUGCCACGGCGUCCACUUCCGCGCUGGCCUCCUCUGCGGAUCGCGCCAACUCGCGGCUACGGAAGCCAUCGCCAGCCCAGGUACUGUCGGAUGAUUAUGAUUUCUGCGGUCCCACGGCGGAGGAAGUGGAGGCAGCGUCCAAGGAGCUCGGGAAUGUGUUUGCUGGCACGAAUCCCCAUGCUGCGAGCGCUCCAAAAGAAGUCGUGGUCAGCGAAAUUGUCCUGAGAGACAACGCUAAAGGAUCUUCCUCUUCCAAAGAGGUAGUUUUCAGUGCUGAGAGUGAAAGCCACGCAGAGCAGCAGCGAUCAGGAGCUACGGUUGCGCAGUGCGUGGAUUUAUUUCAACGUAAUUCGGAUGUACAGGCAGCAGUGAUGUCUCUGAGCCGGGACCCCGCGCUGUGGAACGCUUUCGUACGAAACGAGAGAGUCCAAGAGCUGUUACGGGGCAAUAGGGAGCGUUUCCUAGCUUUCGCUGGCGCGGGGCGAUCGCUCGAGUUCCUCCAUCACCACGAGCAACAGACUAAUCCUUUCCUGGUCGCGUUCCACUGGCUCAGGAAGACGCUCUACGAUUUGCUAGACUCCUUGGUGGACGUUGUCCACGAGGUGUUUGCAUUCGCGGACAGGAAACUCUUUGGUGGUCGCGAGAGUGAGCCUUUGGACAGGAGUCUCAAAGCUUGCAUGGUUCUCACGAUUCUUCUUUUCUCGCUCGUACUCCUCAACCGGCGGAAGGGAUCAUGACAAACAGGAACAAAGAAGAAGAAAGUGGAGAUUUUCUCUGAAGUUGCAUCUUGGUGGGCGUGAUGAGAUUCUGAUAUCCUGGUGUUCCAAUCAUAUCUACAACUGGAUUGGCUAUGUGGAUCGAUUCUUCCACCCAGCGAAGUUUCUCUGGAAACAACUGGAUGAUCAAUCAGAGCUAUUGUCCUUC